AAAACCCAUCUAAGACCACCUGAAUUCGCAGAGCUAUGAAGAUCUCCCUGGCAAGCAUCUGCAUCGUGACGCUGGCGCUGCUGCUGUGCUGCUUCACAGUGGAAACGGAAGCCAAGAAGUGUAAGGCCCCUCUCAAGUGGAACGCAAAGCUAAAGAAAUGCGUGAAGGGAAUGGGAAAGCCGAAGAAGAAGCCAGCUGGCGGAACAGGUGCCACAACGGCAGCGGCAGCGACGACAUCAGCCGCAACUACUGCAGCUCCGGCGUAGAACCCUUUAACCUAAGUGAUCCUGCACGAACCAAUAAAUGGGAUGAGGGACAGAGUUCCCUCUGAGGCAGGAAAAUGGAA